AUGCAGCUAGGCCCACUCCGCUCCACCGGCCGCCUACCGGAUGGACCACUCGAGGACAAGAAAGCAGAAGACGGCUCUGGGGGGUUGCAUGCGGUCCAGACUGCCAAGAAGACCCGAACUCUUGCUGAGUGGGCGGCAUUGGGGCGUUCGCCGACCCCCACAUUUCGUCUGCUCGACCUCCCCGAGGACAUCAUCGACCUGAUACUGCAAUUUGUGGCGCUAGUACGUCUGACGACUCAGUAGUAACCCGGAUCGCAUGUACUGACCUGGCUGCUCACUGCCCGACGUUGAUGCAUUGGCUGGCCACGCACCUUCUUCGUCAAUGGCCGAUGUCGACCUCGUUCCGUUCCUAUGCCGGCUACAUGAUCACACCAUAGCAUCGUUACUCGUACUCGGAAUCGCGUCGACCCAGACCAUCUCCACUCGAGAUGCUUUCGCUGUCCAAGUCGCCGAUCUUGCGCUGGCGUUGCCAGGCUCUGCUCUAUCAUCGCGGAAGUUCUGAACCCGAUCCCAUCCCAGAUCCAGAUUUUCAAUCGGUUUCGAAGGCUGCACUACCUCAGAUUCAUUCAAACGGCCCUCGAGACUGUGAAAGACGUCACCAUACCACCGAACGCGAGGUUUGUCGAGCUGUCGACUCAAGUCAUGACCUACUCUGAGAUAGGGGGCUCAGGGGCUUCCGCCUCAAGGUCGCGCAAUUGGUCCUUCCCCAUGGGUUUCUCCCUCCUCAUCACAUCCAACCUCACCGAAUUGCGUUUGCGGCAUCUCCAGUUCGACAUGUGGCUACUCCCUGUCAGUCCGUCCCAGUCGAUGAGGAUCAGGCGACUCGAUCUGGUCGACGUCAGGGACGAUGGCGCAGUUCUUGUUGGAGCAGUGCAAGGCGCUGACGGAACUCAAGUUGACGCUAUGGAAUGUCAAGAGGCCCAUAGCCCAAUGGGUACGCAUGUGGGAUCGACUCGAGGUGUUCGAAAUCGAAUGCCGUCCGUUGCAGAAGUCUCCAUCUGCCACCAUCUUCACGCAGCUUCCUCUGGAGACGGCUCUGCAGUCCCUGAUUGUGCGUCUGCUUGGUCGGUUCAUCAUUGGUUCAACGGUGCGAAGUUCUCCGCUCAAGUCCCAACUGACGGGCCGGUGCGUGGAUUUGUUGCAGAUUCCUUCCGACGCGGCUUUACGAUCCCUCAGCGUGACGAUUUUUCGGUCGAGCCAGAGUCGCCCAUCGCGCACAGUAGGCGAACGACUGUGUGCCGCACUCGAGUGUUUCUCACCCGCGGGGCCCAAAAUUCGACACCUCAGUCUGGACGAGUUCACUCUGCUCAAGCCCCAAGACGUCGAGUGGCCGGCGGAAAAGUUUCCGAAUGUGAGGGAGCUGCACCUCGGCGAUCGGAUCGUAUGGGCUGGUGGAAGAGUCAGUCCGUCUCAAAGGCUGCGGUAG